CAGCAAAAGAACAACACAAACACUCUUUUUUUUACACACAAUUCACAUAAGCAUCUUCAAUACAAAACACUAAGAAGAGUAGAGAUUCAAAACCUUUAUACAUGAGCACAGAUUGGGGACCGGUGAUUGUAGCGGUGUCUCUAUUCAUCCUACUCUCACCAGGACUACUAUUCCAGCUUCCGGCCAGGACAAGAGUGGUUGAAUUCGGGAACAUGACCACAAGCGGUAUAGCCAUUUUGAUUCACGCAGUUAUAUACUUUUGUAUACUUACAAUCUUGGUGAUUGCUAUACAAAUUCACAUCCAUUUCUAGUUUCUACUCUUAAUAUCAUGUAACAACAACAAAAAAAAA